CAAAGUCACGCUCAGAAGACAGCUAAGUACUCCACUCUAACAAAGCCGAUUUUACAUGUACAGGCCCUUUCAAGAGUUCCAAAGUGGGGACAGCGCUGACCUGCGUCCAACUAGCUCUUCUGUUAUGGACAACUUACGUCACACUGUUUGGCCCUCACUCCAGCCCGUGGGACUGCCUGGACUUGCUGCCAGCCGCGGUGUGCGUCAUCAGAGCAUCAGUGACACAUGGCGACACUGUGCGAUGCCUCAACCGGCUGCAUGCUGUAACCCAACAGGACGCCCCGCACUUCCUGCUCGCAGCCUGCUCCCUUCUGCCUCUCUGUGCGUGCCAGACUUUCGUGUCAAUGUUUGCCACAAGCAGACCCUUCCCUUCAAACCUCGACAGUCUCUCUAUCCCCUUCAUUCCACUUUCCGUUGAGAGCAUUGUCGGAACAACGGAAUUCCUUCUGGAGCGGCAAUUCCGCAGAAUCAAUAAACAACUUGAAACUGUGGCACUGCAAAAAGCGGAGAGACAAACCAGAAAGAGCAACAUAACAGGGACCACGAACCAGAGACAAGGCUUCUCGCGGUCGUUGCGACUCUUCUCACGAAAACUGAACGGCGGAUGGGUACGAAGGCUUCAGAAUGUGUUUACACGAUUUUCCGGCCGUAAAGUUAUCCCUAUGACGCUACGUGGAAGCAUCAGAAGCGACCUCCCGUGGGAAGUCCAGGCCGCAAGAUGUAGAGUGCACCAAAGUCACGGCACAAAUACAAAUGGCGGUCGCGUUUCCGAACUGUUGCAAGAAAUGCGAAUUUCUCACGGAAUUCUCUGCGACACUGCCAGCCACAUCAACAGUCGCUACGGGCCAGAAGUUCUGGUCGCCACGGCCGCCAGCUUCUGCAAGCUCGUCCUCUUUCUGUACAAGUUCAUUCGAGACAUAAUUCUUGAGGGCGAGGCCCCCAGCUUGCUGACUGCAGCCAUGACCAUCAACUGCACGCUGCAACUAGCCAGAAUCCUGCGUGUCUGCUACAGAUGUGAACAAGCCCGCUGUCAGAUCGAAAAAUCCAAGGACCUUCUCCUGAAACUCUCUGACACUGCAAUGGCGCAUGACGCAAAACAAGAGGCAAAGGUGUUCAUCCUGCAGCUGGCCUGCAAGAGGACCCAGUUCUCGGCCUGUGGCUUCUUCUGCCUCAACUUGGCUCUUAUUCGCCCGGUUAUGGGCGCCAUAACGACAUACGUGGCGCUCCUCAUUCAGUUCCAGACAUACGGAUUAUCAUUCAAAUAGGGAAGGCGGCCGGAACGCUCAGAACAGCGGUUCGCAUCCCUGGAAGGACAUUCGUACCACCACAUCGCAAUAUCUACAGAGCAGUACACAUCUGCGUUCAUUCAGUAGAUCACAUCACAAAGCGUCCAAUGGUAGCCCAGUUAAUUGGUCAUGGCCUAAUGCAGGGGAUGAGGUUUGAACUGGAGACUGGACACUGGAUGGAGGCACUGGGUUAUCAACCGACCACCUCCAAAACAGGAAUGUCGGACAGUUCAAAACACCGCCAUCUUGCGACAGCAAGACGCCCGUACGUCAGGCUCCUAAAGGCGGAAUCAGUUACUCAUAACCCCCUGAACAGUCCGUCCGUCCUGGUGUGGAGCCCCGUCUGACCAGAUUUCUGUCUCCAUCUUGACACAGUUUUGUCGUUGUGAGGCGUCCUCUCUGGCGAGAGGGCGGGUCUUUCCCUUUUCAGAAGUCAUUGUUAACUACGUAGGUUCAUAAUAGUGAAGUCAAUCGGAACUGCGCUUAAAAAUCCAGUUCGUACCUCACAGAAAACACAGUAUUUCAACAAGUUCAUGCUGUUUAGGAGAUACUGGUCAUUUACUGCGAGGCACAUAAAUAUACCAUGUGUAAAAAACGCAGUGUUUUAAUGUUACAAGAAGUGGCACAAAUAGUUACCACUGUGCUAAAGUUUAAGUCUGGUAUCAAACAGCCAAGCCCGGAAUGUCAUCCUUUCCUGUGUGGAGCAACAGAACAGAUUUCACCCCGCCGAAACGAGCUGUUCCCACAACUUGCGUCCAGCCCCAGUGGGGGCACAGAGCGUGGCGAUGACGACCCUCAGCAGGCUGAGAAGGCGCAACCUAGGGCGCCUGGCGGGGAGGGAGAGGGGGCAAGGAGAAUCUGACAGGCAAACAAUGCUCAGGUACGGCGGCUGCCUGUCUGAUGUUACUGCAUUCCGCGGGGAACAACCGUCACCGAGUGAACUCCACAGCACGGAGACGGCAGAAACAGAGGCAUAACUGACGCCCGACGCCAAAAUACAGCGACCAGCGAACAGUAAGAAGUGGGUGACCAUGCAGUUUGGUACACACGCACCAAUGCUUCGGUGAAGCCUGCUCACUUCAGCAGGGAUAGUAUGCUCUACUCUGUUCUCUCUAUUCCCGUUGGUUUGCUUACUCUUCAACCCUGAAGAUGGGGGCAACAGGUUCUUCGGAAACAUUUGCAGCGCCAUACCAGACGAGGCGUCACAUCCCAGAAGACAGCCAUCUUGAAGAUAUUGCCACGUAAAGUGGCUGCCGUGACUUAUAGUAAAGGGCUCUGGAUGUAUUGGCAUUCUUCCACAGUUGCAGUUGAUUGUAACAGCUCACACACGGAACUCCUCCUGAGCGACGUCUGACGAAUUCAUGAAAUGCAGUGCCUUCCAUAAAUGCCGGAGAACCUAACAGAGAUCCCUGCCUCCAAGGGCUCUAUUCCGUGUUGUCUCGGAGAUGCCUUGUUGCCUGGUAACGAUUCGUUCCUUGCUAUUGUUUUAGCGGGAACGUGAUUUCUGGGCCGUUGCUAGGUAAUGAACGUCUGGAUCCGGCUUCAUUAUUCCGACUUUCAGUCGUCACGUCACAAUAUAAACUCCAUGAUAGAGCCAUCAAAACUGACAGUGGAACACUCACGUAAUUGGGCGCGAGCAGACGCCGCAGAUUGGUCUAAGAUCAAGCGGUAAUCCGAGACGCAAAUGUGCACGCUACUGAAGCCUGAAGUCGUUUUUUUUUAAAUCUCCUGAUUGCGUUUCUUCACAUCCCGUAAAAUGAUAUUUCUGUUCCGCGAGUUUCAGCUUCGCUAUGUUUUUACACAACUCGCUUUCCUUCGGUCUCUGAGUGUCCGAGAGGAAGGCCCGGACAAGACGGUUACAGCCACCUGUCACUUUGCACCAACUGCACUGUCCUUCCGUAACAGCUAAGAGCGGUCUGCACAUCAAGGCUGGUAUUCUGGAGGACCGAUUUAACGCUUUUAAGCCUGAUAAUC